AAAAACAAAAGGAAAAAAAAAACAAAAAUAACAUAUAAAAAAAGGAAAAAAAAAGAAAAAAUAGUUUACUCUGUUUUUUUUUCUCUUAUAAAAAAUGGCAAGAAUUUCACUAGGGAUAUGUCUGAUGAUGUUAGUAGUAGCAUCAAGUGUGAUUUAUGAAGCGCAGGGGUCGUUCUUGUUAAAGCACUACUUGAGUAAGAAUUUUCCAAGAAACUGCAACGAAUUUACGCCUUACGCAAAAACGGGUAUGUUAACAUUCGUGACCAACCUGGAAAGUAGCUGUCCUGCGACUGCAGAGUUCAAAGAGUUCUUUGCAAAGUUCAAGGCUUACAUGAACUUCAUCGCAACGGCACCGGCCACGUCAAAAAACAUUGACGUGGAGAUAACAACACAAUGUGAAGGGCUCUUCAAAGCUAUGUCUGCAUUGAGUGGUGCUGCCGCCGGAAAAUCUGGGGAUGCAGAGAGUUUCAAAGUUACCAUGAUUUCUAUGGGAAAGACUUUGAUGGAGCAGAAGAAGAAUGCAAUGAUGAUGACACUUGCUCAAAAGAAAAGACUGGUCAUGUCUAUGGUUAGGUGGACUAAAAUGAUCGCUACAUUCGUGAAGACGGCCUCUGAGAAGAAAGGAAAGACCAUCGAUCUCAAAUCUUACGAGCUUGACGUCGAUGUUAAUGACAAAUCUAUCCUAGGUGCAAGUGCAAGUGCAAGUGGAAGCACCGAAACUAAAGCUGGAGCUGCUUCCGGUGGAAGCACCGAAAAGAGUUCAUCGUCAACCAAGACAGGAAGUUCUGCUAGCACCAAAACAGGAAGCGGAAGCACUUACAAAGACACUACUGGUGGUUAUUCGGCCAGUCCAAGUGGAAGUCCCACUAGCAGCCCUUCUGGUUCAGGUAAAACCUUUUCAAAAGCAAGCGCUGGUGCUAGCGGAAGUGCUUCUUCCACCAAGAAAGAAUCCUCUACCGGAAGCGCCGGUGAUUCUUCCACCAAGAAAGAAUCCACCGCCGGAAGCGCCGGUGAUUCUUCCACCAAGAAAGAAUCCUCCACCGGAAGCGCAAGUUCUUCUUCUUCCACCAAGAAGGAAUCCUCCACCGGAAGCGCAAGUUCUUCUUCUUCCACCAAGAAGGAAUCCACCACCGGAAGCACAUCAGUGAAACAAGUCGAGACUGAGACUUCAAAAGAAGUAAUGUCAUUCAUAAUGGAGCUUGAGAAGAAGUACUCAGGAAAGGCAGAACUCAAGGUCUUCUUCGAGUAUCUCAAGGCUUCCAUGGCUGCCUCCGCAACGAUUUCUACCAAAACCGCAAAAGACUAUAUUGCUUUGACAAGAUCAGCCACUGGUAAACUAUCCCAAGCAAUGGCUACCAUGGGUUCUAGGGCGGCUAGCAAAUCAGCAAAGAUGAAGAGCAACAUCGAAACCGCCCAAGAGAAAAUGAUUAGGACUAUCAAGGAACUACAAGAUCUCAACAGCAAAAUCGUGAGCGAGAAGAAAGUGACAGCGACACAACAAUCAGAGCUUAAGCAGACACUCACAAAGUGGGAACAAGUCACAACCCAGUUUGUUGAGACUUGUGCUUCUUCUUCUUCAAGUUCAUCUUCAUCUUCAUCAUCUUCAUCUUCGUCUCAGAAGAGCAGCGGUUCGUCCCAGGAGAGUAGUGCUUCGUCUCAGCAGGGCAGAGCUAGGAUGGUCAAGAUCGAUUGAGUUCAAAGGCGAAGUUUCACCAAUACGCCGAAAAAUCUGCAAGAGAGACAAACCAGUUAUGCCAAAAAUAUAUAAUUAGUAGCUAAGUAUUAGAUAUUUUCUAUUGUAAAUAAAACUAAGAUCGGUCUAGGCAAGCAAUGUCUACUUAUAGACCGACGUAUGCAAUUAAUAACCCUGUAAAAAAAUAUAUAGACUGUAACCGCUCUGUAUGUUAAUAUACAGAAGUGAGUGAGACCUAAUAAAGGAAUUUUGAAUAA